AUGUCGGUUCCACGAGCGCGGGUCCUUGACCUGAUGAAGAAACAAUGCGAAAUCUUCUCGACCACGUUUAACCCGACUGGCGUCCGCAUGGGCAAUAAGAUCCUGCGUCAGCGAUUGAAGGGACCGAGCAUGAAGAACUACUAUCCUCCAAAGGGUCCGCAAUUAAGGGAUCUCUACAAGCAAUUCAAGAGCCUAGAGCUUGAGGGUGUCGAUGAGGAGUGGGAGGACUGGCAAGAACAUUUGGCUGGGAGACAACAGCGUGGAAAGGCACCACCCAAGAAGAAGAGGACAGCUCCAGCAGCAGCAGGAGGUAAGCAACAUCAUGGUGGCCGUAUCUGCAGACUUCACUAA